AAUACGAAUUCUACCUUGAGAAGAAUGCAAGCAAUUGCAAAUUCAAUUGGGAAUAGAAAGAGAAGGUAUACUCCAGAAAUUUUGAAACUACAUCGAAUUUUGCGCAAAAUGCAGUCUGCUUUAGGGUUCACAAUUAACUCGCCUAAGAAACCCACACGGACUACAAGAAACACACAUCAAGAGACGACAACUGACAAAAAAGCUUUAAAAGCUGUUGACCUUGACUUUUUGGAAUGGAAGUGGAAUAGACGACGCACACCGAUAUCUCGGGCGCACCCCAAACGGCGCUCAAGACGCAAAGGUUCUGAAAAUCAUCAAUCUACUUAUACAUUUUACACUGCUACAUCUGAAAUCGAAAGUGCUACAGCUGCGGUUACUACAGUAGAUGCUCAGACAGAAGUAUUAAAGUCAGAAACGGUUGUGAAAUUUGGACGCAAGUUCUUAAAAGUCAUAAAGAUGAUAAAGGAACAUUAAAUGUGUCACUAUGCGUGUAAAAUUACCACAUGGUGGGUUUACAGUUGCAGUCACUUUUGGAGUAUGUUCUUAUUAUAUGAAU